UUGUCCCAAUUUUGUAGAGGUAUUUAUCAUUUACGGAAGAGUUCCGACUACCCUCGAGACAGUACGGCGCCAGCCUUUACAACCCGAGAGUGCGAGAUCGCACGCUAUCACUUGGGCUUUCGACCACGACAGGCGAGAUUUUGUAAUCAUCCGCGCCUUGGCUUUGCAAUGUUGCCGGUGCUUCGAGCCGCGCGUGCUGUCGGCUUCCACUGUCCUGACACCUUCUCUGAUAGACGGUGGAAUUGCUCUUCAGUCGAGGCAUUGCCUCGUAUGUCCCCCGAACUCAAACGUGGUACACGAGAACAAGCUAUUGUACACGCUUACGCUGCAGCCGCGCUAAUUUUCGAGAUCGGUCGCUACUGUGCUUUGAACAAGAUCCGCUAUUGCUCUUGCGGUAUGACGGGUGGAACGGAGAUGAUAAUCAGUCCCGAGGGUGGACAGAUGUCCCGUUUCCCUCAGGGCUACAUACCUUCUCCACGUAUGCGGCGUCAAUUGGAUAUGGCUAACCUUCGCAAGAUCAGUGAUGCCAUCUCCUUCCAACCAGAAAUUCCCCAUUCACAACAUCAGCAACAGCUCCAGCAAUUCCAAGCACAGGUUCAGAACACGCACUACUGGAGUGGCUGUCCAGACAAUGUGGAUACUGCGCGUAGCUACGUGGCACAAUUUUUGGGCUUUGAUGAAAAACGUCUCCUCAUGGUGGGCUACCAUCCGCGAAGCCAGUCCGUCACGUCUUACACCACAUCAACUUCCACCUCUUCCUCCUCUUCCUCCUCCUCCUCCCCCAACACUGCAGUUGGUUCGGGUUCCACCAUCUAUUCGACGCCCUUUAAAAACCCCUCACAGGGAGAUGAGGACUCAGCUCCCUAUGGAUUUUACAUGCUUCCCAGUACUGACUUACCACACCCAUACUUAAAGAGGAAGACUCGGAGCGCUAAGUCCGCUAGAAAAGAUAAGGAGAGCCUUCAUCGGACCUCCAGACGCGCGGGCAGGCGACGAAGACAGCCCUCAAAGAUGAAGCUGACAAAUCAGCAUAACUACAUGGCUGGUGCCUGGAUGAUGAUUUCACUUCAAAAGCAGUCAUGCAAAUGUCACGGCGUCAGUGGAAGCUGUACACAGAAGGUCUGCUUCCGACAGCUUCAAAGGAUUGAUACAGAACCUAUCAAGGCCGCUCUUCGACAGCGCUAUCUAACUGCAAAGAUGGUGUCAGGGAUUACUGAUGGUAACCUUAUGGCCUCCGUCUUCAAGGAGACAGACUUUGUUGAUGAGUAUGUUCAACUGGAGGAUCUCGUUUUUACCCAACACUCACCAGACUACUGUGACCCUGAUCCUCAACGAGGAUCCCUCGGUACCCAUGGAAGGCAAUGCAUUUUGAACACCACCGGAGAUGGAAGUUGCAUGAACAUGUGCUGCGGUCGGGGUCAUAGGAGCACCACACAUCAGAUCUACGAGAAGUGUAAUUGUAUUAUGCAGCCCAACUUUAAAGUGCACUGCCAGACGUGUGUUCGCAACGAGGUGCGGCACACAUGUCUUUGA